AUGUCCGGCCCCACUGAUGCCCGCAGCCCAGCCCACCCAGCCUUCGCCUCUAAGCACAAACGCCGACAUAUCCCCUGGGCGCUUGGCACCGACUGUCCCCACUCCCGACUCCCGACUCCUGGCACCGCGACCCCAGCUGGCGGAGACAUAACCCUUCGGCUACACGCAUACGGACGGUCGCCGGAACGCCAGUGGCUAACCCAGCACCAACAAGUACUCCCAGCAGGCGGGGAAAGACAGGUUCUCAGCUUCCGGUUGCCUGUCGCAAAGCCCCAACAACCCCGGCCUAGGGAUUAG